AUGGAUUUAAAGGACACCACCAGCGAGGGCAGCAUGGGAAGCCUGGAGCCCUCCAGCAUCCAGAUGUUUGCCAACACUUCCUCCCUCCAUGGGAUCCGCUACAUUUUUGUCUAUGGGCCGGUGACGAUACGGCGGUUGCUGUGGACCGUGGCCUUUGUGGGCUCGCUGGGUCUCCUCCUAGUGGAGAGCUCGGAUCGGGUGGCUUUCUACUUCUCCUACCAGCACGUCACUAAAGUGGACGAAGUGGUGGCCAACAGCCUGGUUUUCCCUGCCGUCACCAUCUGUAACCUCAACGAGUUCCGCUUCUCCAGACUCACCACCAAUGACCUGUAUCACGCUGGGGAGCUCCUGGCUUUGCUGGACGUGAACCUGCAGAUUCCGGAGCCCCACCUGGCCGACCCGGCUGUCCUGGCCGCUCUCCAGGAAAAGGCCAACUUUAAGCAAUACAAACCGAAAAUUUUCAACAUGCAGGAGUUCUUGGGGCGCGUGGGGCACGACCUGAAGGAUAUGCUGCUGUACUGCAAGUUCAAAGGUCAGGAGUGCAGCCAGAAGGACUUCAAAACUGUGUUUACAAAAUAUGGGAAAUGUUACAUGUUUAACUCAGGAGAAGAAGGGCGGCCCCUGCUUACCACAGUCAAAGGUGGGACGGGCAAUGGAUUGGAGAUAAUGCUGGACAUACAGCAGGAUGAAUACUUACCGAUAUGGGGAGAAACAGAGGAAACGACGUUUGAAGCUGGAGUCAAAGUUCAGAUCCACAGCCAGUCGGAGCCGCCCUUCGUCCAAGAACUUGGCUUCGGAGUGGCCCCUGGAUUUCAGACCUUUGUCGCCACACAGGAGCAACGGCUCACCUACCUGCCCCCUCCGUGGGGCGAGUGUCGCUCGUCGGACGUGGGGUUAGACUUUUUCCCCGUUUACAGUAUCACGGCCUGCAGGAUCGACUGUGAAACCCGCUACAUUGUGGAAAACUGCAACUGCAAAAUGGUCCACAUGCCAGGGGACGCUCCGUUCUGUACUCCGGAGCAGUAUAAGGAAUGUGCAGAGCCUGCGCUGGGUUUGCUUGCUGAAAAGGACAGCAAUUACUGUAUCUGCAGGAUGCCGUGUAACCUGACCAGGUACAACAAAGAGCUCUCCAUGGUGAAGAUCCCCAGCAAGACUUCGGCUAAGUACCUAGAGAAGAAGUUUAACAAGUCUGAAAAAUACAUCUCAGAGAAUAUUCUCGUGCUGGAUAUAUUUUUUGAAGCACUCAACUAUGAGACAAUUGAGCAGAAGAAAGCAUACGAAGUGGCAGCUUUACUUGGUGACAUUGGCGGUCAGAUGGGAUUGUUUAUUGGUGCUAGUAUCCUUACAGUACUAGAGCUCUUUGAUUAUAUUUACGAGCUGAUCAAGGAAAGAUUGUUAGACCUGCUUGGCAAGGAGGAGGAGGAGGGGAGCCAUGACGAAAACGUGAGCACUGGCGACCCCAUUCCAAAUCAUUCCGAAACCAUCAGCCACACUGUGAACGUGCCCCUGCAGACGACCCUGGGAACGCUGGAGGAAAUCGCCUGCUGACACCUCUUCGCCAGGUCCGGAGUGCCAAGACCAACCGAAAGGAGACUGCCCAGGAAAGCAAGGACCAAGCUCAGGUUUGCACCAGGGGAAAAGGAAGAAAAUCGCUAUGCAUUAAAAAAAAUAAUAUAUAUCUAUAUAUAACUGUAUAUAUAUUAUACAUCUCUGCCAAAACCAAGCGAGCGGCGCCUUGGCCUUGACACGCGUCGUCCUUUCCUGUGGGGGGGGCUCGUCUUCGGGAUCUGAAGACACACUCGUUUUUGAACUGUACAGACCAACACAGAAACUAACAAAGCCACCAUUUCAUAUACUGCCGACUGUAUAAAGCACUUGCAUGCCGGUACUUUUUAUGGCAAUCUCUUCCUAGCUGUCUUUCUAAGCUCUGUUCCUCUGUACAGGCUCUGAUUUCACUACCAAGAAGGAAUUUUGCAGGCCCGUCCGGCCCUGAAAUCACCGUUAAUUAGGCUGUAUUAGAAUAAAGAACCAAACAAAUGUGCAGCUCUUGGACUCUCCUUACCUCCUUGUUCUUCGUGUCAGUUUGCUAGGCCCGGCCCCGCAAAAGCUAAGCCGUGCUGCAGCCGGGCCUGGCGGAGGGACCACACCUGCAGUCUGACUCCCUGACCUGGAUGGCUCUCGGAUGACCACACCCGUGGCUACUGUGUCGUGCUCCUGGGUCUGUAACGCAGCUUGUACAGUCCGGUCUGGGGAGGGGCAGGAACGGGCGUGGGGGUUAUUUUUCAUUCCUUUCCGUUGUGCGUUUUCCUCGUUCGCCUGACUGAUAUUAAAGCUGGUCUUGUGGAAAUGGCCAGACUGUGUCAUUCCUGCUUUGCCUCCAACCUGCUCAC